AUGCCCGCAACCGCCGUCUUCGCAUCCGGAUCCUCGGCCCUCAUCACUGGCGGCGCAUCUGGCGUCGGCCUGGCCAUUGCAAAGCUCUGUCGCAGCAAGGGCAUGAACAUUCUCCUCGUAGACGUAAACGCCGAGGCUCUCCAAACCGCCAAGAAGCAGCUCGUUGGCGAAGACGACGCCGGGUCCGAUGUCGUCACGGCCGCAGCCGACGUCAGCAACCCGCAUGCCUGGACAGAGUUGAGCAAGACUGCCACCUCGGCAUUCAGCACCAUCGAGCUUCUCGUUCUUAACGCCGGCGUCGGUGCGAGGGGAACCUGGGGAGACGGCGAGUAUUUCAACAAGAUUUUUCAGACGAACCUUUUUGGUGUCGUCUACGGAAUUAACGCCUUCCUGCCCGUGGUCCGGCAAGCUUCCGAGACGAGGCCUACUGCUAUUGUCAUUACGGGAAGUAAGCAGGGCAUCACGAAUCCGCCGGGAAACCCGGCCUACAAUGCAUCCAAGUCUGCUGUGAAAACUCUGGCUGAGCAUCUCAGUUGGGACUUGAGAGGCACCAAUACCAGCGUCCACUUACUCGUCCCAGGAUGGACGUUUACCGGAAUGACCCGUGGGGGAAAUACGGAAAAGCCCGCGGGUGCGUGGGCUCCUCAACAGGUAGCCGAGUAUUUGUAUCGCAAGAUGCAGGAUGACAAGUUUUAUGUUAUAUGCCCCGAUAAUGAUGUUUCAGAGGAAACUGAUAAAAAGAGAAUGCUCUGGUCGGUGGGGGACAUUGUGAAUGAGAGACCACCUCUUACAAGAUGGCGUGACGAGUGGAAAAGGGAAGCAGAGGAAACCAUGGCUAAAACAAAUGUAUAA